GUCGAACACCUGCUCCCUGGGCCGUUUACCCCCAACCUUUUAUGGAAAGGACGAUAUAAAACUGGUAGGACAGCUGUCGGUUGGGCCAGUUAGUUUUCAAUGUUGGUACUGCCGCGUCGCGUCGCGUCGCGUACACGUUAUACCGAUCUUGGAAAAAUGAAGUUGGAAACGUGCUCAUUCUGGAUUACAUUGAUCGUAAUUGGUGCGGUAAAAAAAGAAAUUCGCGCUGAGGAAAAUGCGUUUGACGCGAUACGAUCGUUACGAGAACAAGUGAACGCUCUGCUGGAUCACCGUCAACAGGAUUACAACGCCUUGGAGGGUAGUUUGAAGCGCGCGAUCGAAAAAAACACAGAAUUGUUCGUGUUGAAGGACGAGGUAAAAGAACUGAGAAAGGAAGUAAUCGCUCUUCGAGGGGGCGGUAACGGAAACGAGGCGAAGAACGAAAAGUUACGAGUGAGAUGGCUAGGAAAUGCGGUUACCGAGCUUCGAGGCGAAGUAGCGGAGGUUCUUCGUACGAGAAACGCAAGCGAAGAGUUUGCCGAGAGAUCGAGGAUGAGAGGAGAGCUUGCCCUGGUGAAGGGGGACGUUGCCGCGGUCGGCAGAGGAAUCCGAAAUCUUGGCGGUAGAAUCGCCAAGAUCGAAGCCGUACUUGGAACGAUUCGUAUCGAUAUCGCGGCGGUCAAAGAACGUUUUAGUCUGCUUUCUCGCAGCUGUGCCGAUAUCGCCAGUCAGUUGAGCACAGUUCAAAUGGAAGUAAAAUCUUUGAGGUGCGAAUCCUCAAUAUUGGCCAAUGGCAAUACGGUCAGUGGCAACUCGGUGACGAUCGAACGGGAUGAAAAGUUGGAGGAAGAUAAGAGAGAAAGCGUAAGAAGAGGAAGGAAUCGGAUAGAGCAGGAGCUCGCUCGGCGUAAGUUGGCGAAAAGGCAGCGAACGCGAGUCGUCGAUCGGUUAAACAGUUUGGAACGCAAAAUCUCUUCGACGACGGAGAGACGAGUGAGAUUGGAAAAACGGGUCGCGUACGAAAAUGAACGAUGGUCAAAGUUGUUUGAACGCGUGGAGAAGUUGGAGAAAGUUCAAGGGGAGUUGUCUCGGCAACUUUCAAACGUGAGCGAGAACGCGAUAUCGAGGAAGAGUAUCGGCGAAUCGCUCGGUACGCGGCUGAUCGAGUGGCUGCGAGCUCUCGAAGAAGCCGUCGAGACGAACAAUUCGUCGACGAAGCAGGAAUUGGUACGACUCGGCGUGAACGCCGCUCGAAAGGCUGCUGAACUAUCCUUGACUAGGGAGGAGUUGAACAAUUUGCGUCGAACCGUUCAAGCGUUGAGCGUUACCGCCUCCAGGCUUCAAGAGAGAAGCGAUUCGAACUUGGCGACGAGCAACAACUGGACGUUCGAGCAACAACUCGACGAGGAAGAUCGAUAUCAUUUGAUCAGGCAGGAUCUACCGGAAAACUGCGCGGAAAACGAGCUCGAGGACGGACCGAGACUGUUGCGUGGACGAACGAGCAGAGCGAUGUUGGUGUUUUGCCGCAAAGGGUGGUUAGUGAUCAGCCGUCGAAUCGAUGGGAGCUUGGACUUUGAUCGUACCUGGAACGAGUAUUCGCUCGGUUUCGGUUCACCCGUUACCGAAUACUGGAUCGGCAACGAGAUCCUUCAUCGACUGACUCGCGAUAAUUGUACCAGCUUGCGCAUCGACCUGUUGGAUAUGAACGGGCAACGUUGGCGCGCCGAGUACCCACGGUUCGCGGUCGAAUCGAAAGAAAACGGGUACAAGUUGCGCGUUUACGGUUAUCGCGGGAACGCAACCGACGCUCUCUCCUAUCAGAACGGAAUGCCCUUCAGCGCGAAAGACGUCGACAUGGACGCGAGUACGAGCCACUGCGCGAAAAACUACCACGGUGGAUGGUGGUUUAGUCGGUGUCAACACGCUAAUCUGAACGGUAAAUACUCGUUGGGUUUGACGUGGUUCCGAUCCGACAGCAAUCGUUGGAUGUCGAUCGCCUCCGCGGAGAUGUCGAUUCGUCAAAGUCUCGACGACUGCCGAUCGCGAUAGAUAGAUAGAUAGCAAACUAAUUUUCUCCCCUUUCGAUGCCAAAGACUUGUAUGUAUAGUACAUCGGUCCCGUCCCGUCCCGUCCCGUCCCGUCCAAUCCAUUCUUUUUUUUUUCCACUUUUCUUUUACUACCUCCUAACUUACUUAUUCGUGCUAUUUACUUGUAUGUACAGUACAAAAUAAGUUCAAAUAAGUAAUAACGUUAUACGAAACAUUUAAAGAUAAUCGCGUUAGAAAAUAAAGAGACGACUUUGCGUUAUUAUUCCAUUUCCCUAUUGGCAUCGUCGAAACGAACGGCUUUUCUCCUCUAUUGGUAAGGCUCGAAAGUCAAGUUUUACAUAUAUCGCUUUUUUUUAUUAUUAUUGCACAUCCUUCAAAAGGAAUAAUACAUGAAUUUGUAUACACUUACACCGAGAUGAUCGAAGAACGGUCUAAUUGUUAAUCGGGGGAAAAAAGGUCGAUCGUAGGUCGCUUACAUACUCGUAUCCAGCGAACAGAGUACAUAAUCGUUUUGUGUGUUGUUUCGCCGAACAUGCCGUUAAUUCCCUCUAUUUUGAGCACAUUUAUUUGUCGUUGAUCCAUUUAUACGCGUGUACGUGUACGUGUACGUGUACGUGUACGUGUACGUGUACGUGUACGUGUACAUGUAUAAGAGUACAGACGGAACAUCGUAUAGUAACGUUAACAGCGACGAAAUAUUCGUAAUCGUAAUCGUAAUCUUAAUCGAACAAAAUUGACCAUCUACGUACGCGUGUACGAUGAAAACAUAGACAGAUACUCGAAUAAAGAAUCUGGAUUAUCAGCUAGCCGGCUAUCAAGUUGGCCGUAGGAACGAUAAUAGAGAAAAGAAGAAAUGAAAGCUCGUUUAGCUAGACCGUUUCUAUUAGUUAGUUAGUUAGUUAGUUAGUUAGUUAGCAGGUACGCAUGAAAAAAGUUAUUGUUCGUUCAAAGCGCAAAUAAACUCGUAUUUCGACGCUUUGACGGAAUGAUUGUCGUUUCGCGCAUCUCCUCUAUAGGGUAAGAGAUGACGCGGAAUUAGUUGGCAAACAGGUUGAGAAAAGAGAGGAAAAGCGAGCGGUAGGUAACUCGCUCUUUUUCGAUGAUUGUCCACGAUUGUCCAUGAUUGUCCGCGGUUCGGUUGCACGCGAUUCGUCAACGAUCGCAAUCACGGAGAACGGAAAGACAGUUCCGGCCUUUGAACGUUAAGGACACUUUGUUUCCUAGUGUCGCGUACGUGAUUCUAUCGCAUUUUAUACAUUCUACCAUCCAGAAUCAUCGCCGUCCCUUCUUUCCAAUAUUUACUUUCUAUCUAUCUUUGCCACCCGUCUUUUUUCCUCGGGCCUGCUACUUGCGCGUCUCGAUUUAUCGACAUUCUACAGCUAAUUACUGUUAUCGAAUUCAUCGAGCAGGAUCAAUUCUAUUUAAAUAAUUGCGCGAACGCUCCGCGAAUUUGAUAUGUAUACGUGCAUUUCAUUGGAGACUUUCGGUGUCGUCGUCGUCGUCGUCGUCGUCGUCGUCGUCUCGACAUCCUUGUUUUGCCGUUUACAAAAACUACAAUUGACAUUAAAUCGUGGAACCGUGAAUUUCAUAUCGCGAUUAAUCUUCUUUUCAUUGAAAAGGAAAAAGGGGAAAACCACGAUAUAGCGAUACGAAAAGGAGAAGAAACUUACAACGUAAUCGAAUAUGUCUAAGACGAAUAAUAGAGGAAAUAUAUGUAGAGUUACUUUCGAAACGCGCACGCGCACACGUAUGAUCGGUGAAAUAUAUCAAAGGUCAAAGGAGGUACAUAUAGAUACAUUACACAUACAUAAGUACGUCGAACCGAUACGCAUACGGCACAUAUCCCGAUCGUUAUUGUAAAUCUAUUUUUUCACCAACCGUACGCGCGCAACGGCCAAUCUAUUACGGUUAGGCCAGUUUUCUUUCUCCUUCAAACGUUCCCGUUAAUCAAUUUUAGGCUCCAAAUUAUAACUAUCUUAAGAAUAAUAGGUAUUCAUCCAUAUAUCUGCGUGAUAAUAUAUAUAUAUGUUUGUGUAUGCGCAAGGUACUUGGUAGUAUCGCUGAUAAUCGACCAAAAUAACUGUUACCUUCUUUUUCAAUUUUUCUGCGUCGACGUAGCUAAAAUAGAAAAAAAAAAAAAAAAAA